ACAUUACGUAAUUCAACUCCACCGAUCAACAAAACGAAGAAGUACAGUCGGAGCGCGUGCCGUGCGUGUUUUGUAACAUUGGAAACUUUGUCAUUUUUGUCCAUCAUGGUUUUGGUCGGCAUAGCUGAUCUUGAUGAGGAAACUGCAGGGAAAUAUCCGGGAAUUUACCAGUAUGGACAGUGUCAGUCAAGGGCAUUCAUCAAGGGAAUCUUUGCAUUUUUUGCAGGAGGUGCUGCUGGUCUAACUGCAAGUUACGUAAUCAAGCGCAGAUAUCCAAAUUUCCCACCAGUAUACAAUGUUGUCUUUGUAGCAGGUGGCGCAAUUGUUACUUCGUAUGCCGUUGCAUCCAUUGCCAGUAAGCAGUGCCAGAGGCUAUGGGUUAACACAGCACAGCAGCAAAGCUACACAGAAAUGAAUUCGAAGCACGUGCAGUCAAACUCACAAGGAACUGUAAAAACGACGACUAGCGAACAACCCUCAGAAACCCCUGCAACGGUUAAGGAUGGUAUUAAGACCACAAAAUAUGGCGACCAAAUGGGAUGAAACCUUUACUGAAAACCAUCCAUUGUAAUUGUCCGCAACAUAUAUUUUUUAUAGAUUUAUUUAUAAGUUGAAUUAGGACAGGAUUUUAAUUUCGGAUGGGCAAAUUUAAGAUGGUGGCUGUAACCAAAGUCAAUGGUGGGGGAACGUUUCUUAAAGGGUGGGCAACUUACAGUCAUUAUCAUUAUCCACGCGAGGCACAUAUUUUCCAGAGAGUGUCCCCAAAUGUUCUGUUCAGGGGAAUCAGCAGUUUUUAGCUGUAUACCCACUGAUGAUCUCCAUGUUUAAAAAUCUGGAUGGCUCAUGGGCCAUUGUGUGCCAUACAUGCCAUACGUCCCAUUUGAAGCAGGCUGGUUCUAAUCUCUCAAUAAGCCAUUUGCGUGUAACCUAUACCCUUUGGGAUUUACAUUUGAAAAACGUCUGGUACAAUGACUUGCUCAGAAUGCUUGGCACAUUUUAACUGUGAAUUCUCCAGACCAAAGACACU